GCAUCUUGUUGCUCAAUUCACUGUAUCCUGUCAUAUUGCUUCAACCCUCCCACACGCAAGUCCUGCAGCUGUUUUCGUGCUUUUGUCGCGUCUGCACGAUUCUUCCAUCCGCCGGCAGCUUGCACGCCAGCGCCGAGAAAAACACGACCCGCGCCUCAACUCCAGAUUUGCGCGACCCGACCAGAGCCAGAGCCCCUCAAAACAUCUUCACUUCCCCGUCCGCGCGAACCACACCAGUUCCUUGCACACCUUGGGCCCUGGAAAUUGAGAUCCGUCGCUCACCACAACAACGACGACGCCGACAACACAAACAGCCGCCAUCACCUUCAUUAUCCCGCCACUCACUUGCCAUUCGCAACCCAAGCCUCGACUUCUCAUCUCGCCCGCACUCAUUGUCGCCGCUGCUAUUGCUUAUGCCGACGACGUAAGACCGUGCUUUUCUGCCCGCCAUGUCGACACCCAAUCGCUCUUCGGGCUCUUCCGUCUCCUCCAAUGGCUCGUCAUAUCAACUCAUCCUGGAUCACAUCCUCACAUAUCCGGGCAGCUAUGAGAUUCCUCUGAAGACAAUGUACAGCUUGAACUGCGCGCCCAAGAACGCGGCAAGCCCAAGCACCCCGACCAGCAAUGGCACGUCGCCAAACCUCUCACAAGGAUCCUUCACGCCAGAUACUCAGUCAACCGCGUCGCUCACUGAAAGCCUCAUGUCGCAGCUAUCACAGCUGAGCAACCAGCAGCAAACGCUGCCUCCCUCUUUCAUCACUGCCUUCGUCCAGAGGUGUUUUACUCCUCAGCUUCCCCAUGUGGAUUUCCCGCAGGCGCUCACUGGACUCGACUACCUCAAGGACCUGGAAACCCGCAGACGGCGAGAAGCCGCUUCUGCAAUGAGUCGUCUUGGCAUUGACCGCGAUGCACUGGACCGAGACGUGGCAUCGAUCUCGCCCCGCAACCUACAGUGGGUCAGAUCUCUCGAGGACAAGGAGAAGAAGAUUGACACCCUUUACACGCAAGUCUGGAUUGGCCUUCGUCGAUGGAUCUUGAUCAAUGAACUGUCGCUGCAACCCUUCCACAAGCACAACUGUGUGGCGAUGCUGAACACCCUCUACCCCCCAGCUGGCAUUACCGAGCAAGCACAACCAACGACGCUCUUGACGCCUGCUGUAGUCAAGUCCCAACGAGAUGGUUUCUUCAAAUAUGUGCAAGCCGUUGAGAAGAGCGGCCCUCGCAUCCUCACCAACCUGAUGCAACAAGGCAAAGCAACUCACGACAACAACGGCUGGGAAGCUGUUGUCCGCAACCUCAGCGUGUACCUUCAGGUAGCCAACAGCAUGAUCAACGAGUGCAUCCAUGUUGGCGUCAAGGUCGCCUCUAACGUGCCCCGCACUCCAACAAAGCACGUUAGGAAAGCAGAUUCCAGCGCGAGCUUCGACAGCAUCCCCGAAACUGAGCAACGUGGCCGUAAGAAGGCCGACUCUGGCGUCAGCUUCGGCAGUGCUGCGAGCACGGAAAACCUGCGCAGACGACUCGACUCGACCACAAGUAUCGGCGCUACUUCCGUCGCGGAGUCAAGUAUCACGGGACGAGACUCGAAUGCAACUCCUCCCUCACCCUCACACUCUGUACGACCGAAGACACCUUCGGGCGGCAACCGACGAGGAACCGGCAUGGAGCGACUGGCGCGCGGACUCAAAUCCAUUGGCCGCAGCAGGACCGAGGCGACCGAGAUGAUCGCGGAUUACGAGAUACCCGCCGCCGCUCCUGCACAAGACAGGCCUCUUCUGAGAAAGAUGCGCAGCCUGGGCGCACUCAGUGAGCGCAAGACAUCUGGCCUUGGCAGCCGCCAACUUUCAGAGACUCCCGCCUUCGACGUCGACGCCAUGCGCCGGGAACGAGCAUUGAUUGAAGCUCGAAUGGCCCAAGGCAAGACCGGCAAGCUUGGAGGCAAUGAAAUAUAACGGCACGCUCUCACCUUCACUUCUACAUGGCUCGCCACCUUGUAUUGUUCGACCCAUUUUUCCUUUGACGACACUGUAACGAUAACACGAUGAGCAUGCAUUACACAGAGCCGGUCAGCUCUGGAUUUCCUUUUCCGCAAAGUUCAACGCAUAGCAUACGGAGCAGUGGUACUGCUUGGAGUUGAGACCCUUCCUUUUGUUUGGGGUUGGGUGGAGCAUUGGUCUCAAAGAGACCGGAUUUCAAAAUUAAGAAGAAGAACUGCAACGGCAGAAGAAGUGUCCUCGCGGACCAAAAAGAACAGGCAAAAGCGGGAAAACGGAAAAAAGGUUUACCGAUUGAUCACAGGAUGAUGAUCCAGCAUUGGGAAACAGUUGGAGCGCUCAUGAACACUUGACGCGAG